AUGGCCGCACCAUAUGAAGAAUUGGAAAUAGAUAUUAAUUGUAAUAACGUAGCUGGAAUAUAUAAUUCACAUCUUCUUCACUAUUAUUCAAGAGUUGACGAUCGUUUCCCAGCGUUAUGUCUGCUUGUGAAACACUGGGCCAUCAAUGCUGGUAUUAAUAACGCUAUGAUGGGAACACUGAACAGCUACUCACUGAUUUUGAUGGUUCUACACUUUUUGCAAUGUGGAGCACUACCACCGGUUUUGCCGAAUCUUCAAUUUCUCUAUCCUUCUUUGUUCAAUGCAACUUGUAGCUUAGACAGUUUAGAACUGUUUCGAGAUCUACCGCAUCCACUGCCACCUCGUGAAUUUAACACUGAAACAGUUGGCGAAUUGCUGAUAGCAUUUUUUGAUUAUUACGCUCGUUUCGAUUUCAAAAAUAAGGCAAUAUCGAUUCGUAAUGGAUCCGUGAAUGGCAGGGAGCUGUUAGCAGAAAAUACCAUGCGCUUUAAGAUAUUUAUCGAAGAACCGUAUGAUCAGAAGAAUACGGCACGCUGCGUAACAAGUAUUGAAAAUUUGCAACUGAUCAGAGAGGCUUUUACAUCUGCAAGAAAUGCUUUCUUGCAAACCUCGGCUGGACCACCAAAUUUGGAAUGCAUUGGUGUUCGCUAA